AUGGAAGAACUCACCACCCUCCCCGAAUACCUCAAAGCCUCCAACGCCGACGGCCUCGCCAUCCUCGAAGCCACCGCCGUCUGGUGCAGUCAAUGUAAAGCGAUAUCACCAUUCGUCGACAAACUCAUCACCAAGUAUCCCGACGCAAGGUUUUACAAAUACGAUACGGACACAGCUCUUGAUAUAACCCAAGAACUCGGCGCGACGCACAUGCCCUCCUUCCACAUCUUCAAGGACGGCGACCUGAAAGGCAGCGUGACGGGUGCGAAAGCGCAAGAAUUGGAGAAGGCCAUUAAGCAGAACUAUGACGGGAAGGUUGAAGAGUAG